AACCGCGUGGCAUGACAUUUUAAUCAACAGUAUGAAUCUGUAAAGAAGGGCUUUAUCAUCAGCACAGAGCAGGAAAAACCUAAAUAGAAUGAAGUCAGCUAAGAUGAUUACUCAGUCAUUAAUUAACUAUGCUGUCUAAUCACCGCAGUUUCGACCUCUCUUUGGCUUCAAAAGUCAAAAAAGUAUACUCGCAAAAAAAAAAAAAGUCUACUUGCUCUGAAAGGAAGUUUGAGUUCUUUACCUUACUGUAAACUCUUAGAAGAGGAAACAAAACUGCCAUUUAAAUGUGCUAAUGAACUUGAGUGUGACUAUGCUAUGAAUCAGCGAGUUUCAAAAUCAAAAUUCCUCUGAGUCCUCCAAUCAAAAGACAAAGGCCUCCUUCUUGGCUUGAUUACACAUACAAUACGUACACAUAUUUAACCACCUCUUUUUAAACCACCUCUUUUUAAAACUCCUUACAAUUUACAUCUGAAACAUGAAGACGAAAUGUGAAUGAAAUACUGCAAUGAACAUUAACCGUCCCAGCUACCAGUAGUGGUACGUCUCAACAGAGGACGAUGACUUCUGUGGUCUCAGGUAAUCUUCACAAAACCCGAGAAGAGGAACUGUCAGUCCCACCCCACGAAAGCGGCUACUGAAUCCCAGAUUGCCCCACGAUCCCAGCUCUGCGAACGAGGUCACGUUCACAACGGCGGGAAUUUCCGUAGCGGUGACACACGGCACUUCCGGCCGGCCGUGAGAGUCGGUGACGUGGCAGCGAGGACUGGCACGGUCGUCGGGGUCGGGGCACCAGGAGCUGUCAGGUGGCCUCGGGGCAGCCCGGCUGGCAGAGAAGAGCUCGCCGGCGAGGCAGCGGCUGCGAGCCCGGAGCCGGAAGUGCCACGUGUCCUGAUUGCGGCUGCGCGGCCGGCGGCUGACAGGCACUUCCGGCCAGGGCCUCCUUCCUUCUCUCCAGGUUUGGCUGCCGCCUUCUAGCCGGGCGUUCGCGACCCCGCCGGCCCGACUCCCAAGCCUCAUCUCCCAGGCUAGGCCGUGGCCGCCGGUGGCCUGGGGAGAGUGCGGCGCCAUGCCUCGGGCUUAAUGCGCCCCCCUCUCUUCUCCCAGUCUUCAGUCUUAAGUUGUUAGCUUCCUCCCCCCGCUUUCAGCAGUGGUCUUUCAGCUCUCUUCUUGUGCGCUGUUGUCGACCCCAACCAGCCCCUUCCAACCCAGAUAACCGCCGUCGUCAUGUCCCAGCCGGGAAUACCGGCCUCCGGCAGCGCCGCAGCCAGCCUCCAGGCCCCGAACGGAGCCGCCUUGGCCUCGGAGUCUCCCUACACCAACGGUCCUGUCCAAAAUGCAUUGCUGUCUUCACAAGAGUCAGUGAGCCAAGGAUACAAUUUCCAGCUUCCAGGAUCCUACUCUCAUCCAAUACCAGCAAAGACUUUGAAUCCAGUCUCUGGACAGUCUAACUAUGGUGGUUCUCAGGGAUCUGGGCAGACUCUUAAUAGACCACCUGUGGCCUCUAAUCCAGUGACACCUUUGCUUCAUAGUGGUCCUGCUCCCCGAAUGCCAUUACCUACUUCUCAGAACUCAUCUACUACACCAAUGCCUUCUAGUAGCUUUCUUCCUGGAGCCAACCUGCCACCACCUUUGAAUUGGCAAUAUAACUAUCCAUCCACAGCCACACAAACAAACCAUUGUCCUCCUGCAUCAUCCCAACCAACUGUAUCUGGAAAUACAAGCUUAACCACAAAUCAUCAAUAUGUUUCUUCUGGAUAUCCUUCACUUCAAAAUAGCUUUGUAAAGUCAGGUUCUUCUGUACCUCCCUUAGUGAAUCCACCUCUGCCUACAACUUUUCAACCAGGAGCUCCUCAUGGGCCCCCUCCAGCUGGAGGCCCACCCCCAAUAAGGGCCCUCACGCCCCAGACAUCAUCAUAUAGAGAUGUACCCCAGCCCUCAUUUAAUUCGGCUGUCAACCAAGAAGGUAUUACAUCAACUACCAAUAACGGAUCUAUGGUGGUCCACAGUAGUUACGAUGAGAUUGAAGGAGGUGGCUUAUUGGCAACACCACAGCUUACUAACAAGAAUCCCAAAAUGAGCCGAAGUGUUGGAUAUUCAUAUCCCUCCUUACCGCCUGGUUAUCAGAACACAAUACCACCUGGUGCAACUGGAGUGCCACCGUCUUCCUUGAAUUACCCAAGUGGGCCACAAGCCUUUACUCAGACUCCCUUAGGUGCUAAUCAUUUAACCACAAGCAUGAGUGGAUUAAGUCUACAUCCAGAGGGUCUAAGAGUUGUCAAUCUUCUUCAAGAAAGAAACAUGCUUCCGUCAACACCUUUGAAGCCUCCAGUUCCAAAUUUACAUGAAGACAUCCAGAAACUCAACUGUAACCCAGAGUUAUUUCGAUGCACGCUGACUAGCAUUCCUCAGACGCAGGCCUUAUUGAAUAAAGCCAAACUUCCUUUGGGGCUGCUGCUUCAUCCUUUCAAAGACUUAGUGGUAUUGUACUUAACAAGAUCUUUUUUUCUUCAGUUACGACCACCUCAGCCUCCAGUGUAUCUCUUUGUAUUUGAUGUGUCUCACAAUGCAGUCGAAACUGGAUACUUGAAUUCAGUUUGCCAGAGUUUGUUAGACAAUCUGGAUUUGCUUCCUGGCAACACUAGAACAAAAAUUGGCUUCAUAACAUUUGACAGUACAAUCCAUUUCUACAGUCUUCAAGAAGGUCUCUGUCAACCUCAGAUGCUAAUAGUUUCAGAUAUUGAAGAUGUUUUUAUACCUAUGCCAGAGAACUUAUUAGUAAACUUAAAUGAAAGUAAAGAGCUCGUGCAAGAUUUACUGAAAACUUUGCCACAAAUGUUUACUAAGACUCUGGAGACCCAGAGUGCCUUGGGUCCUGCACUGCUGGCUGCCUUUAAGCUGAUGUCUCCAACUGGUGGUCGAAUGUCUGUCUUUCAAACACAACUCCCAACUCUUGGAGUGGGAGCCCUGAAACCACGAGAGGAACCAAACCACAGGUCAUCUGCUAAGGAUAUACACCUGACACCAUCCACUGACUUCUAUAAGAAAUUAGCCUUGGACUGUUCUGGUCAGCAAGUAGCCGUUGACUUAUUCCUUCUCAGUGGACAGUAUUCUGACUUGGCUUCUCUAGGUUGUAUUUCUCGGUAUUCAGCAGGUAGUGUCUAUUACUAUCCCUCUUACCAUCAUCAGCACAACCCAGUCCAAGUGCAGAAAUUACAGAAGGAACUACAGAGAUACCUUACUCGGAAGAUUGGCUUUGAGGCGGUCAUGAGGAUUCGGUGCACCAAAGGUCUUUCCAUUCAUACUUUCCAUGGGAACUUCUUUGUUAGGUCAACCGACUUAUUGUCUUUGCCUAACGUCAACCCAGAUGCUGGGUAUGCAGUACAGAUGUCAGUGGAAGAGAGUCUUACUGACACUCAGUUGGUUUCUUUUCAGUCAGCACUCUUGUAUACAUCCAGCAAAGGCGAAAGAAGAAUUCGUGUUCAUACUUUGUGUUUGCCAGUAGUUUCAACUUUGAAUGAUGUCUUUCUUGGAGCUGAUGUUCAAGCAAUUUCAGGGUUAUUGGCCAAUAUGGCUGUUGACAGAUCUAUGACUGCCAGUCUGAGUGACGCUCGGGAUGCUCUAGUGAAUGCAGUCAUUGACUCCCUUUCAGCUUACCGUUCUUCAGUCUUAAGUAACCAGCAGCCUGGACUCAUGGUUCCUUUUUCUUUGCGGCUUUUCCCACUUUUUGUAUUGGCUCUCCUUAAACAGAAAUCAUUCCAGACUGGGACAAAUGCACGUCUAGAUGAACGCAUUUUUGCUAUGUGUGAAGUGAAAAACCAGCCCUUGGUUUACCUUAUGCUCACAACUCAUCCCAGUUUGUAUAGAGUUGACAAUCUCUCAGAUGAGGGAGCACUCAACAUCAGUGAUAGAACCAUACCUCAACCCCCCAUUCUUCAGCUUUCAGUGGAGAAACUUAGCAGAGAUGGAGCUUUCCUCAUGGAUGCAGGCUCUGUACUGAUGCUUUGGGUUGGAAAAAAUUGUACACAGAAUUUUCUCAGCCAAGUUCUAGGAGUUCAAAACUAUGCAUCGAUUCCACAGCCUAUGACAGACCUUCCAGAACUUGAUACACCAGAAUCUGCCAGAAUAAUAGCUUUCAUCUCUUGGCUUAGAGAGCAGAGACCAUUUUUCCCAAUACUUUAUGUAAUAAGGGAUGAGAGUCCAAUGAAAGCAAACUUCCUUCAAAACAUGAUAGAAGACAGAACAGAAUCUGCACUAUCAUAUUAUGAAUUCCUGUUGCAUAUACAGCAACAAGUGAAUAAAUGAAUGAAUGAAGAAAUUUGACUUAAUUAUUUCUAAGGAACAUCACAAUAGUGCAGAAUACCUGGAAAUGUGUAAUACCUUCUUUUCUAUUAUGUUUGUGGACUAAUGUGAUGAUUGAGAUGUUCUCACUGUGAUUUCAACAACCUAUAGCAAAUAAAAGACGACAGCAGAGAAUCAAACAUGCAACUCUGAAAUAUUGUAUUUUUCAAAUCAGAAUAUAGCUACAUAUGAUACUUUUUUCUUGCCAAUUAUGUUUGAGUUGUUAUGAAUUAAAAUAAGACAAUAUUGCAGAGGCAAAGUACAUUUUGUAAAAUAAAGAUUUCUGUGUUCUACAUGUAUAUUUCUCUGAAUUUUUGGCUGCUACAUUUAAAACCUCACAAGACUGUGGUGCAGGGAAGUUACAAAUUCACUGGUAGUGAUGUUUUUAAAAUAAAAACAAUGGGAAGUAAAUAUAAUGUAGGAAAACUAGAAUUCAUUCCCCACACGUUGUCUGUUUUUUUGUUUUUCUUUUUUAAGGAAGGGAAAGGAUCAUCAUGUUGAAUAAAACUAGAGUAAACUAAUUCUAGUAUAGCUUGAGAAAAAUAUGAAGAAACACAUUCAAGCUUUAAAAUCUGUCAGUAUUCUUUAUACUUGAAGAACAAAGUCACUUUGAUUUGAAGUGAGAACUAUCAUUAGGUGGUUUUCUGAUUUCCCGACGAAGACUUGGACAUACUGUCUUAAUCUGUAGUGAAAAGAGUUUGAGCUGUCUUCAUAAACAUUGGGACUGGCAAUGAUAAUAGGGAGAUAAGAAACUUUAAUUAUGUUGAUCCUUUAAGUGGAUUUUGUUUGGUGCAUUUCUGCUCUGGGUAUGUAAUAAAAAUGGGGGUUUUUGGUGAAAUGAGAGUGAAGAAGUGUAAGGUUUCUAAAGUACUAUCCAAAUACAUCAGUAACAUUUUUCUAAAGAGUUUAAUUGUUAAAUUGGAAGUCAUUCAUAAGAAAUAUUUAUUCUUGAAUAUGAAAACCUAUUAAAGCAUAAAUGCUGCUGUUUGAUUUGGUGGAUAUUAAGAUUAUACAAAUCCAACAUAUUAAAGUUAUGAAAGAAACUUGAUUUCUGAAAAUCCUUAAGAGACUGCUUUCUUGAUUCAGCUAGAGAAAUAUUAUAGUGAAAACGAUUGAGUGAAUUUUGUUUACAAAUAGGUAAAUUAUAUUUCGUGUAUUUAAAGUGCUGUGACAUAGUUUGUUUAAGAGUCUGGCUCAGUUUUCACAGAUUGAUUUUGUCUUACGAAUUUCUUAAAUAUGUUCCUGUAUAAUACUUGAUCAAAAUAUUUUUGGGUUUUUUAUUUUGUUUUAAUGGGUUAGAAAAUGUGUUUACAAUCUUGGUUUUAUAUGAUCACCAAUGAAAUAGUAACUUUCAGGUUUAUAUCAGUAUGAGCUGAUUUUAACUGAGUUGUUUGGGAUAGGGAAGAAGCAGUCCCUCUACAGUAUACAACUACUGCUUGCCAGCUGGAUCAAAAUAAUCGUGUUUUAUGAAAAUAUCUCCCUUAAGCAGUGUUAAGGUUGGUUUGCAGUGUGUAAGUGGCACAUUGAACUGGAAGUUUUCUUGAAAGUGGCUUCAUCUAUUAAGAAGCAAUUUUCAAAUUGUAGCAAAUUAUAUUAUCCCCUCUUUUAAAUAAACCGUCAUUAUAUGCUGAUGUUUCUUAAAAUAACUAAAAUGUUCCUCUUAAUGUGAUUUUAAGUGGAGUUAUUUGUAGGUCCUUUCUUAAUAGUAAUAAAGAAUCUUCUAGAGGGAAACAUUUGUGCUUUUAGGGAUAAUCUUCCUUGUGCCUCUCACUACAUCCCUAAGUGGGUAUGACUCUUGUUAUUACCACAUUCUUUAUUAGUAUAUUUCACAAAUUUACUUUUAAAUAUUAUUUUAGAUACUGUGUAACAUGUGCAAUUCAGAAUAAUUUUAUAACAGGUCAUGAAAAACAUAACUUUAGUUAGGAUUCACAAUAUUUGUUCUCCACAUAAUGAGAGAAUGAAUGAGCCUUUGGAGAUACUGAUACAAAGCAAUUAUUUUUUGCAAUGUUGAAUGUGUUUUUUAGUUUCUUUUUUUUCCCCCCCGAUAGGGCACUACCUGCCAUAUCAUCUUGUAUUACUUUUUGAUGUAAAGCAACUAAUAUUUUCACUAUGCCAUAUUUUUUUUAAUCACAGUUGUAAAUUAUGAAAGAUCCUUAAAUUUUCUACAGAUCUACAACUACUAAUGUAACAGACAAGGGCAAUCUUGGUAUUUAAAUCUGAGCAUGGCAGUUCUACCAUAAAAAGUACUCUAUUUUUCUAAUUUCUAGGAUUUUUAAAAUAACAUUUCUGUAAGUCUGACAUACUAAUAGUCACUCAAGCAGUACCAUUUAUUUUACUUUGCAUAUAUUUUCAGUUUUUAAUUUAAUGUAUUGAGUCUAAUAGACUGUUUUGCAAUAAUUAGAAUAAAGAUUUAUUUCUUCUAAUCAAAGAUGCAUAACAGCUAUUAUCUAGGGGACCACCAAAUGUGAUUUCAAGAUUUUGUUAACUAUUACAUAUGUAAUCCUUAUAUAGAAAUUUUAAUUUUGUAAAGUAGUGUAUAAUAUUGUAAUAUUAAAUUCUUGUUCUCAAAUUCAAAUAUGUAUUGAUCUUCAAUGUGCUGUGUUAAAUCUUGCUUCUCUGAAAUGUUGGAGACAAGAUUUGUCUUCCUUUUUACGGUUUGUAAUUUUCACUGUUUUAUUCCUGUAAAAAAAAAAAAAAAAAGUCACUUGUAACCCAUGCAAACAAUCGUUUGAUCUGUGCUAACUUAUCAACUUGGCUAUUCAAUAAAGUUAAUUGAAA